GAAUGCACUGCUGUGAACAGGACUUCCACGCGCCGACUGGAAACUUACAAAACACAGCGACUGGCCGGGAGAAGUGCCCGACCCCUGACUCGUGGAGCUCCAGCCAACCGGCUUAGCUUCAGAAAAUGGACCUCAGAGUAACAAGCAUUCUUCUUCUGGUUGUGGUGCUGGCCGAGGCGACCCCUGACAGAUACUAUCAUGUGAAGAAACAGCCGUAUCCUACUAAAUCCCACACUGUUGCUGGUGAACCUGGUAUUCCGGGUUCUCCAGGUUCACCUGGACCCCCUGGCCCACCAGGCAUGCCUGGAAGUCCUGGAAAGAACGGUGUUGGACAUAUGGGCCCAGUGGGUCCACCUGGACCACCAGGUCCAGCAGGCUACUCCUCGCCUGGUAAACCUGGAACCCCAGGUGCACCUGGAAAAUCAGGUGCACCUGGAUAUCCAGGUGAAAAGGGACAUCCAGGCCCAGCUGGACCUCAAGGUGCGAGAGGAGCACCAGGAUCACCCGGAAGCCCUGGACCUUCUGGCCUUUCAUCUCCUGGAAAGCCUGGACCACAUGGGAUCCCAGGAGCAAUGGGCCCACGUGGAGAACCUGGCCUAAAAGGUCAUCCUGGAAUUCCUGGAUUGCCAGGCCAGAAAGGAGAACCUGGGCAUGGUUAUUCAGGAAAACCUGGUGGUCCCGGCCCAAUGGGCCCUCAAGGUCCUUCUGGUCAGCCUGGCCAGCCUGGAGUUGGAAAACCUGGACCAGCUGGAUUUCCUGGAGAGCCUGGAAAGUCUGGAAUGCCAGGUAGAGAUGGGUCACCAGGUCCAAUGGGUCUCUCAGGCCCAAAAGGUCAUACAGGAGCACCUGGAAUAGGAGCACCAGGAAAGCCUGGCCAGAAUGGAGCUCCUGGUAUGCCUGGCCAAAUUGGACAAAAAGGACCUCAAGGACCAUCAGGACAGCCAGGUGCUCCAGGUCUGCCCGGUGUUGGCAAACCAGGAUCACCUGGAAUGCCAGGAGACCGGGGAGUGCCCGGAACCUCAGGUACAACAGGUCAAAAAGGAGAACCAGGGCCAACAGGUCACACAGGUAUGCCAGGUGCUAUUGGCCCAAUAGGUCCAGCUGGUCCUCAGGGUGCUAGGGGAUUCCAGGGAGAAGCAGGUCCACAGGGACUUAAAGGUGAUGUUGGUUUGGUUGGGGCACCUGGUGCAAGAGGUGCAAAGGGUGAGCAAGGUGCACAAGGUUUCUCAGGAAAACCUGGUAUUCCUGGUCCAAAUGGUCCUCCAGGUCCAACAGGCCAUAUGGGGCAUACAGGUGCCAAGGGUGAGGCUGGAUUCACUGGUGCUCCAGGUAUUCCAGGUAUCAAAGGGCCACCAGGCGAAAAAGGACAUCCAGGACAUCAAGGCCCACCAGGUAGUAGAGGUGAAAAUGGCAUACCCGGAGCAUCAGGACCACCAGGCCCAGCCGGACCUUCAGGUGUACCCGGUCUUAAGGGUCAUCCUGGACUUCCAGGCCCCCCUGGCCCAGCAGGGCUCACAGCGAAGGCAAUUUCUGGACCUCAUGGUCCUCCCGGUAUCCCUGGUGCCAGAGGUCAAGAUGGUCUUCCAGGUCCACAAGGACCUCCUGGACCACCUGGCCCCCCAGGUGAGAUCGUUUACCACCACGAGAAGAGCAUGCCAAUUAAAUCUCACGAGAUGGUGAUGCCUGUUAGCCAUGAGCUGAUGAAGGCACCCAUGUCAGCAUUUACAGCUCUUCUUACCACAGCUUAUCCCAAUGCUGGAACACCUAUUGUAUUCAACCAGAUUGUGUACAAUGGAGAAAACCAUUAUGAUGCGCACAGCGGCAUAUUCACCUGCCAGGUUCCAGGACUGUAUUACUUUUCUUUCCAUAUGCAUGUCAAUGGAGCAAAUGCAUUGGUAGCACUUUACAAAAACAAAGAGCCAGUCCUGUUCUCUUACGAUGAGUACAACAAAGGUUUCCUCGACCAGAUGUCUGGCAGUGCUGUCCUCAUGCUGGACACCCAUGACACAGUCUACAUCCAGGUUCCAGAUGACCAGUCCAACGGCAUUUACGCAGAUGAUAACGUUCACUGUUCUUUCUCUGGGUUUUUGAUUGCCUCAACGUGAUAAACAUAUCCCAAGAAAACCUCAACCUUUACAUUUGAAAAGUGGUCUGCGUUUAUGCUCCUGUUCAUGAGGCCCCGAGAUGAAGUCAUGCAGAAGAGAAAAUGAUAACUCGUUGCAGAAAUUUGCCUGUAGAUUCUAGAUAUGGAAGUAACUAUGAAUAAAUUAUUAUGAAAACGAUCGUCCAAUAAAUUAGCCAACAGAUCAACUGCAUUUGCCUUAAACCCAAACUGAUUACAUAUUGAAAUGGUGCUAUGUGUCCUUUCCCUGUGCUCAUGUUUUGUCAGGUUCCUAUGUUUAGUAUGCUUAGAAGAAACAGUCUCUUAGCUCACCAUGCCUCUGUACGACACAUUGUGUGAGCAAUCAAAGUGAAUAAAUAUAAUAAUUGUGAGUUGUUUUUGUUUUGUUUUUUCAUUUAACUCUGUAAUAUCUCACAGUGUGUGCAUUAUGAUACUCAACACAAAUAAAGUUUUAGUGCCA